CUCCUGUGAUUGGUUGCUGCGGGUUUUUGGUUCCGCCUCUGAUUGGCUGCGGCGGUUCUCCUAUUCUCUCUUCCAUUCCAGUGACAGAAGCCGGGCGGAGAACACGGAGCGGGAUGCAGAGCGCAGUGCGGAGGCGGCACCUUCCCCCGGGAUCACCGGCCAGAUUCGGCGCCGUGCAGCAAGACGAUGGCUCCAGGAACUCCCGCUUCCACCUGGACCUCUGGUUCUAUUUCACGCUGCAGAACUGGCUCCUGGAUUUCGGACGGCCGAUCGUAAUGAUCGUCCUUCCCUUGGAUUGGUUUCCUCUGAAUAAGCCGAGUGCAGGAGAUUACUUCCACAUGGCGUAUAACAUCAUCACUCCUCUGCUGCUCCUAAAGCUGAUUGAAAGAUCCCCGAAAACUCUCCCGAACUCGGUGAUCUACAUCAGCAUCAUGACCUUUGUGAUGGGGGCCAGCAUCCACCUGGUAGGGGACUCCGUCAAUCACCGGCUGAUCUUCAGCGGAUACCAGCUCCACCUCUCUGUGCGGGACAAUCCCAUCAUGCAAAAGCUGCAGCCCCCCACCCUGGUUGAUUCCUUUGAGCUGCUUUAUUAUUAUGAUGAAUACCUGGGCCAUUCCAUGUGGUACAUUCCAUUCUUCCUCAUCCUGUUCAUCUAUUUCUCCGGCUGUUUCACAACAGUGAGAGGUGAAAGCAGAAUGCCGCUGUCCGCCUGGUCUUUGCUGGGCCCCAGCAGUCUGUAUUACUGGUACCUAGUGACCGAGGGCCAGAUCUUCAUCAUCUUCAUCUUCACCUUCUUUGCAAUGCUGGCCCUCAUCCUACACCAGAAGCGUAAGGGCUUUCGUCUGGACAGUAACGGCCUCUUCUUGCUGCUCUCCUUUUCAGCGACUUUGGUCCUCAUCGCGGUUUGGAUCGUGUGGCUGUGGAAUGAUAAGAUAUUGCGCAAGAAAUACCCCGGGGUUAUCUAUAUUCCAGAGCCCUGGGCCUUCUAUACAUUGCACAUCAACAGUCUGCACUGAUAGUGGCCGGGUCCGGUUGUUGCUCUGUAAGCUCCUAAAGAGGGGACCUCAAUGUAGGGGGGACCUCAAUGUAGAGGGGACCUCAAUGUAGAGGGGACCUCAAUGUAGACCUCUCUUACUCAGUCUUGUGUCACCCCCAGUAGAAGGGGUGAAGUAUAGGAAACCCUUCUUCCAACUAUAGUAGAGUGAUUUAUUUGUUUUAAUUUAAUGAUUAAGUCUAUUUUAAUAUUUUACUAACUGUUUCAGUCAGAAGUGGUACUUUUUUAGGCCAUUAUGAUGGGAAUUUUGCAGAAAGGAAUUUUACAUUUUUGACUUAAGGGUUAAUUAUACACAAAACUGACUCAGAUUCCGGGGUGUUAGUGGAGAGCUGAAGAACUGAUUUUAUCUCGGUGGCAGUGACCUCUCUCACCUGAUAUAUGGGCAAAAGUAGGUGGACUUCCCUCCAGUGAAGGGUACGAUUAGUGCUCCACCAUACAAGCACAUUUUAGACAGUUGUACACUUCAAACCCCGUGGGGACAGUUUGGGGAAGACCCUUCAC